CAUCUGCAUUGAUUAUUCUACUGACAUACACUUCAAUUUUAGAGAAUCAGGUAAACGAAAAGAUUUUAAUUUUAUUAAUAUUACGAAGUAACACACUGUUUUCUUUUAUUUUAAUAUUCACGUUGAAUGCGUCCGCCAAUCUCCUUAUCCCUUUAUUAUUCUGGUUCCUUCUGUUUAUUACUCCCUCCGUUUCAUAUUAAGUGUCUGUUUUAGAGAAUUUUUUUCGUUACAAAAUAAGUGUCGUUUUCGAUUUUCAAUGCAAAAUUUAUUUUUCUAUUGGUUGAAAUAUGGUUAGGUGUAUAGGUAAUAGUAUUUUUUAUAGGAAAUGUACAAAAUUAAUUGUUUCUUUAAUCCGUGUGGCGAAACCUAAAACGACACUCAGAAUGAAACAUAGAGAAUAGUAUUUACUACUCCCUCUGUUUUUAAAAGAUGCAUAUUCUAAACUUUUCACAUGUAUUAAGAAAACUCAUUAAAUAUGCAUUGUUUUUUGUGAAUAACAAUUUUUCAUAAUUUUUAGCCAAUAGAAAUUCAAUAAACACCAUUAAUUUUUUUGAAACUUACAAUUUUUCAUAAAAUCAUACAUUGAAAAAGUAAAAAAUGUAUCUUUUUGAAACAAUUUUUUUUUCAGAACAUACGUCUUUUAGGAACGGAAGGAGUAUUUAGUAUCUGUUCAAAUGCUACAUUCUCCAGGAUCUUUGUUUAACCUACGGGUACGCGCCUUCGAGGAAGCUUCAUCGUAUCUACACAUGUUUUCUUUAAUCUUCACAGGGAUCAGAAGACGUUAACAUCACUGUAUUUUCAUCUUAGGUGCGAGAAUAACUUUGCUGUGUCACAUGACGAGCGCGCAACAAUUAUUAUAUCAAAAGUGAUCUUUGGAAGAAAUUGUGGAUUCCACCAAUUCCCUUUCCCCCGGCCGUCUUAUUUUUAUUAAUAAAAGGAAAAAGUCGUAAACGUUACACGUGUCAAAUUACCUAUGUACCGCAAGGGAUAAACGUCACAAACUCACAAUACAUCAUCAGUAUGAGCAGCUCUUUCAUGCUUCUUAGACAAAAUAAUAAUAUUUGAAAUUUUAGAGUUGCCAGUAGUUUUUUAAUAUAAAACCCCCUAUCGUCUUGCUCAUACACACAAUGUAAAACUAAUCGAAACAGCGAACGACAACAGAUAAAGAAGCUCCUCUGCUCUGCUUCAUAUUUUUUUCUUAGUUCCUUUUUCUUUUGGUUUUUGAUCUGAAACUUUUAGCCUUGUUGUGAAGAAAAUGGUGGAUCCGCAUCCCGUGGGUUUCAGAUUCUGUCCGACCGACGAGGAGAUCUUCAACCCUUACCUCAAGUCGAAGAAUAUGGAUGGUAACACGAGUCAUGUAGAUGAAGUCAUUAGCACAGUCGACAUCUAUAGCUUCGAUCCCUCGGAGUUAGCUUCCCAGUCGAGCUGGACGAGGAAGGAGACGGACAAUGUUUUGUAUUUCUUCUGUCCGAAGGAGAACAGAUAUAACAGAGGAGAGAGACAGAGCAGGAAAACCAAGUCUGGUUCUUGGAAGAAAACCGGAGUUACAACGAAUAUCAUGCGAAAGAGAGGAGAUUGCGAGAAGAUUGGUGAGAAAAGGGUCUUUGUGUUUCAGUACAGUAAGAUUUUUGGUGGAACGAAACUCAAGUCCGAUUGGGUUAUGCAUGAAUAUGUCGCUACGUUCGUGUCUCCUACUCAGGUAACAUUUGGUUGCUCGUAGUCGUAAAUGCAUAUUCUCUGUUGAUUGGCCCAUUUUUGGGCUGCGUUUGUGAUUGGAUGCUGAGUUGAUUAAUUUUCUGUUUUUUCUUGGUCAUAUUUGAUUUGGUACAGACCCCGAUGGUGACAUAUACACUAUGUAAAGUAAUGUUUAAGGGUGACGCCAGUGAUUUACCCUCUUCUUCUGCUGCUCCUGCUGGUGGUGGCGGCGGCCGUGGUUGUGAUGGUGGUUGUGAUGGUGGUGGUGGUGGUUGUGAUGGCG